UGGCGCUUCGUCUGGCUCCCUAGUAUAUCUUACUCAGUACUCUUCUUCAAGGCCAGCCUUUGACGAUCAACGAGUACUUUGAAAUUCAACUUCGUUCAGCCCUACAGCUUCAGCUCGCCGCACAACCUCAUCAAGAAGAAUGUCUUGAACAGCAUUUAGAAUGGCUUAAGUACUAUGGGGUGGCACCCGUGUGCAAGCAAGUUUUCUAUCCUCGACAUGGUUCUUUAUGCUGUUCUUUUUGCGUUUAUAACUACAGGUGCUCUCCCGCUCAGACCCUCCGGAGUAAAUGUAACUUUCGAACACGAAUUGACUGUUCGUGCCGAUGGGUGUACACCAUCAUCGAGAACUGUACUCGGGAUCGUAUGGGGAUGUUUGACAACGAUUUUUGCUUGUACAUGGCUUGCGAUACACCCGAAUGUUCCCAGUCCUGAUGACUCACGAUGGAGGAUAUUAUUGCGAAGAGCUAUGAUCAUGGCACUUGCGAUUGUCUUCCCGGAAUACACAACUGUAUGGGCCAUACGUCAGUGGCAAGAGGCAAAACGUAUAUCUAGAGAGAUGGCUUCGAGAGAAGAGUUUCCAGAAUGGACAAUCACUCAUAGCUUCUUCAUCAUGAUGGGCGGUUUCAUGCUUAUGGACGAAGCAGGAGAGGCUCGCGGACCCUUACUCAUCGACCAACUAUUAUACUUCAAAAAGAACUUCAGAGAUUUCAAAUUUCCCUCGAUAUCCGAGAGGGAGAUCCAGGAUCGCAGCAAAGGGGACGCCUUAUCAAAAGCCCUGAUUUUCCUUCACACCAGUUGGUUUUUGUUGCAAGUUCUUGCGCGUCCUAUCUCUGGUUUACCUGUCACAGAGCUCGAGCUUGUUAUGGUGGCAGUUGCCUCCCUUAACAUUCUUGCAUAUGGAUUCUGGUUCAAAAAGCCUUUGAACGUCGAGUGUCCCGUAAAAGUUGUUUUGCCUUCCUGGAUUCUGAGUCAUCCUCCUUCCCCCACCACGUCCUCUUUUCAUGUAGAUACGGAAUCCCGAGAACCCAUGGCAGAGCCACGAGCUUUGGACAUUGGCACAUUCGACUUCGAAGAGGGUUCACGACCAAAUAGCCCAUGGAUGGUUUUCAAUAGAUCACAGUCUGAAGUAUCAUUACCUCUGGCAACCAACCCCUUUUCACAAGUCCAGCACAGUGCUACUUUCAUCCCUCCGUUUGACUCGCAGGAGAGACUUCCUUGGCCAUCAGGAUUUGGCCCACCAGUCAGUAAUGCGGGGGUGGUUCAAUCUCAGAACUUUCCCUUCAGUCCUGAUACUAGCCUCGAAAUACUCUCCAUGGAUAUCACAGACGCUUUUGAGCUGGUGGAAUCACGCCCAUGUACUCCAUCUGGAUCGACAAAUUCUAUGAGAUUGAAUUCUCAACUUUCGGCCCCCAACCCCCUUUCACAACUCGGAGUUCAGCGCGUUACUGCUUUCACCCAGGACUUGACGCGGAGGGCCAAUUUUUCAAGGAGGAUAACCAGGACGCACCUGCAUUUUUCAUUUUCGACUUUUACUUCACCGCCGAUUCGGAGGGUUCAACACGUUAUUGCUCUCACGCGAAACUUGAUGCAGAGGGUCACACUGACAAUGAUAACAACUCACCUGCGCCGAUCUCCCCUACCCAUGGCUUUUAUGCGGGAAGCAUUCAGGCCAGGUUCGAAGCAUAGGGAAUCUGGAGUUGGUGCCGAAAUUGACACCUCUCCUUAUGGUCUGCGAGUGCCGACUUUCUACAGCGGUUCAAAGAGGGUGUACUCGCUUGAGUCGACGUCUGGUAUUCUCCAACUAUUGAUGGCAAUGUAUUUCGGUGGUCUUCACUGUGUGGCAUGGAAUUUCGUUUUCCCAACAAGGGAACUCUGUCAGCUGUGGAGAAUUUCUGCCAUUACUCUGACCUCAAUCCCCCUUCAUUACCUGAUAUACAUGCUGGGGAUCCAGGCCUACCACGAACAUAAAUUCCCCUUCGCAGAAUGGAAAGAGCUACCGAGUUCUGUGAGGAGAGUAUUCUACUACUCAGGGAUCUCAUUAACAGUGCACACAUACAGGAAGUUUGGUUGCUUUGCAGGACUAUUGCACCGACUUCUCAUUUUUCUUUAUCUUGCCGCUCGGAUCACCCUUAUCAUUCUGCCCUUCAUUCUUUUGCAGGGUUAUCCUUCACAUACACUCGAAGAGGUCGAAUGGACCAAGUAUAUCCCUCAUGUAUCUUGGAUUCUUUCCCCGUAGUUUAUCGUACACAUGCCUCUGCCGUCACCCGGGACUGUUCUAUCAUUCAUACCUCCCACCGAUAACGACCGUGUACAGUUAUUUUGCCCAUAUUCUCCCGGACCUUUGGAUUUCGUUCUUUCGAACUGUGUAGUUACAUGAUUGUCGUUUCGUAGUUUUUGCGGACUUUUUGUACUCGGACUGUGUAGGUACGGUUACGGUCCGCCAGUAAUAACUGUCCUUUCGG